CUCCUUUUAAUCCAAAAAUUAAAAAAGAAAUAUAUUCUCUCUCCUCAGCUGAGCUACACCUACAUGACAUGUCUUAAAGUCCUUCAUUUCUGUGACUUUCAUCACCAUUUUUAUGGCUUACCUAAGACUCAUCUGCUCCUCCUCCAUUUUCACUUCUUGUGCUCUUUUUUUACCCACUUCCAAAUUAUGAUUACAGCAAAAAAGACAUGAUUUUUAACUCUUUUCUUUGAGUUUCUUACAACUUUGAUUGUACCCUUUUUUUUAAUUCUUCAUUUGAGCUUCUAAAGUUUCAUUUUUACUCUUUAAUUACCUAAAAUAAGAGUGCCCAUCUCAUUCUUUUGAUGAUUUGUUGCAUUAUAUGAUGUCAAAAUCAAGUCUUUAGCAUUUCUAAGGUGCUUUUGACUGGGUGCCCCACCUUAUAUUCUUGUGAUCUGGCUGUAAUAUUCUUGAUUUCUUUGUUGUUGUAGAAUCUUUAUACAUUUGGGAAUAUUACUCAUGAUUUGAUUUUUUUUUUUUUGUGUUUAUUUACUUUGAGCUGGAAUGUUUGAUUGUGGUUUCUAGGGUUUAACAAUCUAGGGUUUUCUGGUGUAAUUUGGGGAAAUUCCCCCAUUUCUUGUAGGUUUUGUAAUUGUUUGUUGUACUAUUAUAGCUUCUUGGAGGAUUAGUUUUGCUGGUUUGGGAAGGAUGUUGUAGUAUCUUGCCCCUGAGAAGAAUUUCUUGUAGUUAGGGUUUGUUUGGGAAAUUUGAUUGAACUUUGGAGCUUUUCGAAGAAUGGCGGAAAAUGGUGUAUCUUUUGUGGAAUGGAAGGAGGAAUAUGUGUCUCAGGAGAGAGGUGGCCGUAUAGUUCAUUAUAUAUUAAAGGAUUCUUGUGGGGAAUCCAUACUUGCAGUAGUGGGCACUGAGAGGAGUCUUAGGCAUAUGGUUUAUGUUGUUGCUGAGGAGUUUUUGAGUUAUUCUGGCACUGAUAAUCCGGUCCAAGCCGGGUUUAAAUGGAGAUCGAGAAGGGAGGUGGUUGACUGGCUUACAUCUAUGCUGGCCAAGCAGCAACAAGCAGAUUCUCCAAGUGGUGAUUCAACCCAGUCUUUAGGAUCUUCUGAGUUGUUAAGUGCUCCAUACUUUUCUGCAAAUAAAAUGGAUCAUCGUGUCAGAAACUUGAAGCAAUCCUACUCAGAUAUAGUGUGGUUAGGUGCUGCAUGGACUUGUGGAAAGCAGCUAAAACACUACCCUGCGUUUUGCAGGAAUGGCACUACGAUUGCAGCUCAAUCAUUUGUGUUUGUGAUGGCUAAAGAGGGAAACCGGUAUGUUGCCUAUCUGGAGGAUAUGUAUGAAGAUAAGAAGGGUGUAAAGAAAGUUAAAGUAAGAUGGUUUCAUCACAGUCAGGAAGUUAAGGGUAUAGUUCGUUUGCGGAACGCUCACCCCAAGGAAGUUUAUAUUACACCUUACACGCAGGUGAUAAGUGUUGAGUGUGUUGAUGGUCCCGCUAUAGUCUUAACCCGUGAGCACUUUGAGAAAUGCUUAGAAGGCUUUCCAGAUGGUUUAUUGGGAAAGCUACAUCUUUGCUGUCGUCAGUUUAGAAGUAAUAAAAUUAAACCAUUUGAUUUGAGUAAAUUAAGGGGUUAUUUUAAUCAGCCUGUUAUUUCUUUUUUGGAGUCAGAAACCUUCCUAAAUUCCGACUCUGUGUGCCGUGGGGUAAUGGGUAACAGAUUUAAGAUGUUCGGGCCAGGUGAUAGGGUAGCCAAAGGGACCAAGAGAACUAGGAAUUAUGGAGACCGAGAAAACUUAUUGACAAGUUAUACUGGGGUGGAAGGUUUUGACAAGAGGAAAUGUACUCGUGCACCAUUUGUUAAGAGUGGGAACUCUGAUACCUUCAAUAAAAGGCUGCUUUCAUUCAAUAAUGGGGAAUCCCAGCGGUUGCACAUCCAGCUAUUCCGGGUAGAUGACAAAGUAGAGCUGCUGUGCCAGGACAGUGGCAUCCGAGGCUGUUGGUUUACAUGUACUGUCUUGGAGCUAUCUCGAAAGCAGAUGAAACUCCAAUAUAGGGAUCUGGAGGACCAAGAUGGAUACGGAAAUCUUGAGGAAUGGGUUCCAGCUUUUAGGUUAGCUGCUCCAGAUAAGCUGGGGAUGAGAUGUCAUGGACGACCUACAAUCAGGCCAUGCCCUCCUGUUAGUGAUUCUGUGGAUAUAGAGUUUGAGGUUGGAGCUCCAGUAGAUGCUUGGUGGAGCGAUGGCUGGUGGGAAGGUGUUGUAACUGCAGUAAACAAUGCCAGAGAUGAUAGUGUACAGGUCUAUGUUCCAGGGGAGAACAAGUUCUUAGAUGUGCCCACCAAGGAUUUAAGAGUUUCCCGAGAUUGGCUGAGUGGAAAGUGGGUGGAUGUUAAGGCAAAUCCGGAUAUACUUUUGGCUAUCAGUGGUGAAUUUAAACCACCUGUAGCCUCAACAGUCAGGAAGGAUGGUGAUGAUGCUGAUGAUUCGACCCUCAAAAAUGAAGUCAACGAAAAUGAAGAUGAAACAGCUGACGUGCCUGCUCCAGCCUCUUCCAUUGGCAAUAUUGAAAAAAUUUCCGCUUCAGAAGAAGAUGAUCAAGAUGAUGGUCACCAUGUGAAUGACAAAAGUAAUGAUGUUGGUGUUCAGGAUAUGUGCUGUGAUGAUGACCAGAAAGUUGGCAAUGAUGAAAAUGAUGAUCGGAGAGAAGGUGAAUCGGGUAAUGGAGAUGUGGAAACUGCAGCACAGGCCAAUGAUACAUUGGAUCAGACAGAUGUCGUGUAGGAGCUCUUUGAAGCUCAAGAUACCAGUGUAGAUCUGUCAAUUGUACAAAUUAGUGUAGAUUUGCUGAGCGCGAGGCUACGUUGAUAGCAUUUGAUCCUGCUUUGGAGAGAACACCCCCCAGGUGUACAGCAAUUAGGUGAGUCUUCCAAAUCGGUUGUCUUAGAUAAGUUUCUAGGAUAUGCCUGUGAUCAAGUUCCAGUCAUUUAGAAUCCUUUAAGUGGAUUAGAUCGUGCUCAUGUUUCCUGUCGGUUACUUCGGAUGAUGAUGGUUCAGGAGUUCUUUACUAACAAAAAUAGCCGUAACUUUUUGAAAAUGUCUUCCAAAUCGGCUUUCUUAGACAAAUUUCUAGGAAAUGCCUGCGAUGAAGCAAGUUCGAGUCAUUUAGAAUCCCUUUCAAGUGGAUUAGGCCUUUUGCUUAUGUCUGUUGUAACAUCCGUGUGAACUUUUCUCAGUUGUAUGAUGUCAAGUCGUGGUGAAAUGAAAUUCACCACUACUAAAUUGUUUGUUGGUUACUCCGGAUGAUGGGUCAAAAGUUCUAUUACUAACAAAGUAGUGACACUUCAAGGAAAUAUACUGUGUUCUUGAAGACCAGUGUAAAUGUAUUCAAAUGUAUGAUUAUUUUGUGGAGUUGAUAAAUUGUAAAUGAAUUAUAAUUGGGACAAGCUAAAAGAAUAUGUUGUAUGCUCUGUAAUGUACAUGUUUACAAUAUAGAGCUAAUCAGUUGACCUGACUAAUCCCACAGGUUUUUAUCUAA